AACUAUGUGCCAAACAAUGCGUUGCAUCCUGGUUGCCUGUGUGGCCCUCGCUCUCCUCGCCGCCGGCUGCCGAGUGGAGGCGUCCAACUCCAGACCCCCACGGAAGAACGAUGUCAACACCAUGGCCGAUGCCUAUAAGUUCCUGCAGGAUCUGGACACCUACUACGGGGACAGAGCCCGCGUUCGGUUCGGAAAGCGCGGGUCGCUGAUGGAAAUCCUGAGGAAUCACGAGAUGGACAACAUAAAUCUGGGAAAAAAUGUUAACAACGGAGGAGAAUUGGUGCGCGGUUUUAAUGAGGAGGAGAUAUUCUAAAUCCACUCUAGGCGACCAUGGCAACGUCACUAACUCAUGAUUAUAGUUAUUAGCAUACGUAUUUUAAUUUCAAUUGUUUUUCGGGGCAAUAGUUUAACGUGCUAGGAAAGAAAAUGUAGUUGCAGCUACAGAAUUAAGUAUUUACUCUAGUCUUGAUGUCGGUUAAAUAAAUGAAUUACCCCAAUAAUCGAUGUUAAUACUUAAAUAAAGGGUGCAAAGAUCAA